AUGGACAACCCAAUCGCCGGCGAAGAUUUCAACUACCUUUCCGGCUUUGGAAACCACCUCUCCUCCGAAGCCCUUGCCGGAGCUUUGCCGGCGGGGCAGAACAGCCCCCUCAUCUGCCCCUACGGCCUCUACGCUGAGCAAAUUUCAGGCACCUCUUUUACCUCCCCUCGCAACCGCAACCUCUUCAGUUGGUUUUAUCGGAUCAAACCAUCUGUGACCCACGAACCGUUCAAGCCUAGGGUACCUAUUAACGGGAGAAUUUUGAGUGAGUUCAACAACUCCAACAGUUCUGCUAACCCAACUCAGCUUAGAUGGAAGCCCAUGGAUACACCUGAUUCACCAACGGAUUUCAUUGAUGGGUUGUCCACCAUUUGUGGUUCUGGUAGCUCUUUCAUGCGCCACGGAUAUGCUAUUCACAUGUACACUGCAAACAAAUCAAUGGACAAGUGUGCCUUUUGCAAUGCCGAUGGUGACUUCUUGAUAGUUCCCCAACAAGGAAGACUCUUAAUCACUACUGAAUGUGGAAGGUUGAAAGUUUCCCCGGGUGAAAUUGCUAUACUACCUCAAGGUUUUCGUUUUUCUGUGAAUCUGCCUGACGGUCCAUCCCGUGGUUAUGUUGCUGAAAUCUUUGGUACUCAUUUUCAACUUCCAGAUCUGGGACCAAUAGGUGCUAACGGUCUUGCUGCGCCAAGGGAUUUCCUUGUUCCUACUGCAUGGUUUGAAGAUAAAUCCUAUCCUGGAUACACUAUAGUGCAGAAGUUUGGUGGUGAACUCUUUGCUGCAGUUCAAGAUUUCUCUCCCUUCAAUGUUGUUGCUUGGCAUGGUAAUUAUGUUCCAUAUAAGUAUGAUUUAAGCAAAUUCUGCCCUUAUAAUACGGUUCUUUUUGAUCAUAGUGAUCCAUCAAUAAAUACUGUGUUGACAGCACCAACUGACAAACCUGGAGUGGCAUUGCUUGAUUUUGUCAUUUUCCCACCGAGAUGGUUGGUUGCGGAGCACACUUUCCGGCCUCCAUAUUAUCAUCGCAAUUGCAUGAGUGAAUUUAUGGGCCUCAUUCACGGUGGCUACGAGGCCAAGGCUGAUGGAUUUCUUCCCGGUGGAGCAAGUCUCCAUAACUGUAUGACUCCGCAUGGUCCUGAUACCAAGUCAUAUGAGGCUACCAUUGCACGAGGGAAUGACGCAGGACCUUCCAAGAUCAAAGACACGAUGGCUUUUAUGUUUGAAUCAAGUUUGAUACCCCGGAUCAGUCAAUGGGCCCUAGAAUCACCGUCAUUGGAUCGAGAUUAUUACCUGUGUUGGAUUGGCUUAAGAUCUCAUUUUACAGCAGGUCCUGAAAACCCAGGCUUCCAGAAUGGACAGUGA